AUGCUUAAAACCCCACAGGUGUUUACAGACAUAGGGCCUAUUGGACCAGAUAAAAACUGGAAGGGCAUUGGAAUUUCCCUGCUGGUUAUUGUGGUGGUGCUCUCACUCAUUGGACUAUCCAUUGUUCUGCUGUCAAAAGAUGAUGGUGGUAAACCCUUUGGUUCACAGUUGACACUGGAUGACCUCUUUCAAAGAAACUUCCAAAUACAUGAUCCAGAUGCAAAGUGGAUCAGCGAUGAGGAAAUCAUCUUUCGGAGCUGGGAUGGAGACAUUUUGAAAGCCAACACACACAGCAACGAGACAGAACUCCUGCUGAAAAACACAACAUUUGCAACUUUUAAGGCCUCAAAGUUUGAAGUGUCUCCAGAUCUGAACUUUGUUCUUCUGGGAUAUGAUGUCAAGCAGCUCUACAAGCACUCUUUCUUGGCAUCAUAUCUGAUCUACAACCUCUAUACAAGAGAGGUGCGGGAGCUGAAUCCUCCAGAGGUGUCGGAUUCAGUCCUCCAGUUUGCCUCGUGGGGCGUUCAUGGUCAGCAGCUGAUAUAUAUAUUUGAAAACAACAUUUACUACCAAACGGAUGUUCAUAGCAGCUCCUGGAGGCUCACGUCUUCUGGACAGGAGGGGAUCAUCUUCAAUGGCAUCACAGACUGGCUGUAUGAGGAGGAGGUGUUGCACACACUGGUGGCCCACUGGUGGUCUCCUGAUGGCUCCAGACUGGCCUACCUCACCAUCAACGAUUCCCUGGUUCCUAACAUGCUCCUGCCCCGCUUCACAGGCUCUCUCUACCCCAGGGGGAAGGAGUACCCUUAUCCAAAGAUGGGACAAAUCAAUCCCACCGUCACACUCUAUGUCGUCACUCUAGAUGGCAGCUCCCUAACAACUGAACUGAGACCUCCUAACAGUUUUGAAAAGAUUGAGUACUACAUCACCAUGGUGAAAUGGGUGAACCAGGAGAGGCUGAGUGUGCGUUGGGUGAAUCGCGCUCAAAACGUGUCAAUUCUUUCUCUGUGUGAUGUCACAACAGGUGCCUGCACAAAGAAGCAUGUGAUGACAUCAGAGAAGUGGCUUGAUGGUCAGAAUGAGGAGCCCGUAUUUUCCAAGGAUUGUACAACAUUCUUUAUCAUUAUGCCUUUAAAACAUGGCGGCCGUGGGACAUUCAACCAUAUCACCAUGGUCUCCAACCAAUCUGAGGGUCAAGAGGUCAGCCUCCGCCACCUGACCUCAGGAAGCUGGGAAGUCUCUCAAAUUAUGGCCUAUGUUGAGAGCACAAACUCAGUUUAUUUCCUUAGUACAGAGGAAGGCUCAACACAACGGCAAUUGUACAGAGUCUCCACUGUGGAUCCAUUUAAUAGAGAAUGCCUCACAUGCUCCCUUAUCAAAUCAAAGUGCACCUACUACGACGCUGUCCUCAGCCCGAACUAUCAACACGUUCUUCUCAACUGUAGAGGUCCUGGAAUACCCCAAACUACUCUUCACAAACUAAGUGAUAUGAGCAAGAAAACAACUCUGGAAAGGAACACAGUAUUAAGAGAUGCACUGAUAAACAGGACAAUACCCAAGUGGGAAAGAAGAACUGUACAAAUCAACAACAUGGCACUUCGUCUGGAGUUAAUUGUCCCAAUACGUUUGGAUGAAACAAAGGAGCACCCACUUUUACUGAUUCUAGACAACUCCCCUGGCGGUCAGGCUGUGAGUGACCGCUUCUCUCUCAGCUGGGACUCCGUGCUGGUCAGCUCAGACAGCGUCAUCGUGGCUCGUUUGGAUGGCCGAGGCAGCGGCUUCCAGGGUCAGAGGAUCCUGCACGAGGUUCACCAGAGACUGGGAACUGUUGAUGUUCAGGACCAGAUCACAGCCCUGGAACACUUGGUCAAGCUACCCUAUAUCGAUGGCAACAAAGUUGGAGUUUAUGGAAAGGCUUACGGUGGAUUUCUUUCCUCUAUCCUGGUCCUCUCCCACAGCUCUAUGUUCCAAUGUGGCAUCGCUGUAGCUCCUAUAACAAACUGGAGACUCUAUGGGUCAGCCUACACUGAGAAAUAUUUUGGCUCCACGGCAAAAGACGAUCACAAAUAUCAAAUUUCCAGUCUGCUCAGUAACAUCACAUCACUGAGUCUUCCGAACUUUCUUAUUAUCCACGGCACAGCAGAUGCUACUGUUCAUUUCCAGCAUUCCGCUGAGCUGGUUAAGCUGCUGUCUGCGUCAAAUGCUAACUACACUCUCCAGAUUUUCCCAGAUGAAGGACACAAUAUUGCCUCUGCCAAGAGCCAACACUACAUGCUAAACUCAGUGCUCACCUUCUUCAGGCGCUGCUUUGAGGUGGAGCAGGCAUCUAAAGAAGAUGACUAGCUCGUGGAACCUCCUGCUGUGAGACGGUUUUGUGAAGAAUGAAGAGUGUAGCAAGUGCUGUCAUGAGCUAACAAAGAGAAGCUGUGUUUUCCUGAAGGGCUGCUAUCUGUAGAAGCACUCCGAGAGCAUUAGUGAGAAUCUACAUACCCACAGCAUGUCAGAUAGGUAGCAUUACAUUUACUAGGACCAGUGUGCUGAUUCUGGGGUUGUGAUGACUAUGUUGUUGAACUGAAAAGAUUGAAGGUUGUAUUGUUACUGUAUUCUAAUGCUUAAGUUUAUAAAGGCUAUGGAUUGUUUGUAAUGUUUGUAAUCACACUGAGCACAAAUGUCAGGGAAUUAAAGAUACUUGUAUUUUUCCUUUUUAGAUUAUACAUUUUGUUGACUGCUACUGUGAAUAUUUCUAUUUACUGCAAACAAAACACUUUAACUGAAUACCAAAAUUUGAGAGAUCAUAUCACAAAACAUUUUUGCUGGUGCCUUUACCUCAUUAUAGUAGUCACUAUUUUCCAAACUUAGAGCCAACACAGUGUUGAUAGACUUACUGCAAUGUCCGAUUAGAUAAUGAAGAUUAAACUUUGUAGGCACUGGAUUGCCUGACGGAGUAUCUGCAUCCUCAUAUGAUUGAUUGAUUCUUCUUCAGCUAUAAGACUAAAAAUCACUUGCCAUGUGGCGGUUUUAAUCACAUUCAGGUAACCAUUAUGUGAAACGUUGGCCCCAUUCAGACUGGAUUUAUGUCUCUGGGGUAGAUGGGUUGAUUUUAACUUCAGUCAGUGAUUUAAAUCUGUCUUGGAAUUAGCUAUUAGCAGUUCCUGUUCCUGAGGCCGACUCAUGGAAUUACAGACACUCAGUGAAUUACUUUGAAACCGUAGAAAACUGAAAACUGUAAUGAUUCUCAGGAAAGUUCUGAAGUAUCUUUUUACUAUGAUCCCUGAGGGGAUUCAUGGCCGUUUAUCCGUGAUGGACAGAGUUAUGAGAUUUUCGAAUAAAAUUUAUUUCCCGCAGUAUAUUUGCCUCCCCUCCAACUCUCCCAUGCUCUCCUGGGGACGCUGUUGGACCUUUAGGGCAUUUAUGUAGAACAGAGCAUUGUGUUCUUUUUUCUUGUUAUAUUUUUCUUUUAUUUUCUGUUGUAUUUUUUUAAUUAGGAACUCUCUAGCUGUAACAAUAUUGCAUUAUCUAAUUUGGGGUACUUUCUGGAUUUAAUGAAAAUUCAUCACACUACAGAAUAUUAGAUUUAUAGCAAUCAGAAUUUUUUUUUUCCAGAGCAAUAUGAUGAUACAUUUAGUCUUUUAUCGAGACUUUAAAGAAACUAUGUUGAAGGAAUACUGAUUGGUAUCAUGUGGUACCUUUUCUGAUUACAUAAGAAACAAUAACACUUAUUCUUUUGAAUAUUUAUGUAAAAAUUGAUUCUUCACUAUCACAUGUAGCAUUUAACAUCCCAAAAAGUGUUUCAAAUGGGAGAAAGAAGAGCAAGUCAAAUAAUAAUAGCGGUCUAUUCUGUACAGUGUGCUUUGUCUAUAAUCAGACUCCUGUAAAACUGUAUGUUCCCCAUAUCCCUCCUUGAAUACGAUGUAGCAAACCAGAUUAUUCUCUGACCUUGAUCCUGUGCUGCUUGCACUUCUGCACUACACCUGAUUCCUUCAUAUAUACUGUAGUUAUUAUGUUGACAGUAGGCGUUUGUCUACCAGUUAAAAUGUAUAUGCUGAAAUAAAUUGUUAAAAAGA